CCCCCGCCCCCCAGCCUCAACACCUGGCUCCGGAAGUGAGGGGGUGACAUGAGGUGGUGGUUUCCGGUGUCGCUGAGAGCGGUUGCGAGGACCGAGCCGGGCCGGGAUCCUUUCCCCGCGAGCGGAGCUGCGUGUUGGGUGAUCCUCUGCCAGCAAGGCUUCACCAUGGAUCCUGCCACUGUCUCCACCAGCAGCAGCUGCAACUGCACCUUGUUCCCUGCUGUGCUGCUGGUGAUGGCUCUGCUCAUGGCAGCGCACAAGCUGGGUCUGCUCUGCCAGCUCUGGCAUAAGGUGGAGCCCAAGAGCCCUCGGCAUGGUGGUGAGCUCGUGGCAGAGGUGCUGAAGGCCCACAGGGUGCGCUAUCUGUUCACCCUUGUGGGAGGCCACAUCUCUCCCAUCCUGGUGGCCAGUGAGAAGCUGGGCAUCCGUGUAGUGGACACGAGGCACGAAGCCACAGCUGUGUUUGCUGCCGACGCCGUCGCCAGGCUUUCGGGGACAGUUGGAGUUGCCGCGGUGACGGCAGGGCCUGGAGUGACCAACACUAUAACGGCUGUGAAGAAUGCCCAAAUGGCUGAGUCCCCGGUACUGCUGAUAGGAGGGGCAGCCUCCAGACUGCAGAAAGGCCGGGGCGCACUCCAGGACAUCGACCAGAUGUCCCUGUUGAGGCCACUCUGCAAGUUCUGCGCCUCCGUGCAGACCGUGCGGGAAAUCGUCCCGGUCCUGCGCCGCGCCAUUGCCACAGCACAGUCCGACACCCCAGGGCCUGUGUUUGUGGAGUUCCCUGUGGACGUGCUGUACCCUUACCACUUGGUGGAGAAGGAGCUGACCCCCAAGGGGAGCCCAAAGACCUUUAUAGCCAAAGCCAUGAGCUGGUAUCAGCACAACUUCCUCAGGAACCUGUUUGCUGGGGCCUGGGAGACACAGGACCUUUUCCCACUGCCAGUACACGUGCCACAGGCAACGGCAAAGCAGGUACAGCAGUGCGUGGAGCUGGUCAGCCGUGCCAAGAAGCCUAUCAUACUCCUGGGCAGCCAGGUGACCCUGCCACCGACGCCUGUGAAAGAGCUCAGAGCUGCCCUGGAGGACCUGGCCAUCCCCUGCUUCCUCGGGGGGAUGGCUCGUGGGAUGCUGGGAAGGGACAGCCCAUUGCAUAUCCACCAGAACCGCCGGGAAGCACUGAAGGAGGCUGAUGUGGUCAUUCUGGCAGGCAGUGUGUGUGAUUUCCGCCUGUCCUACGGGCGUGUGCUGAGCCGCUACAGCAAAAUCAUUGCUGUCAACCGGAACCGUUCCCAGCUCCUGCUCAACUCUGACAUCUUCUGGAAGCCACAGGUCGCCAUCCAAGGGGACGCCAGCUCCUUCCUGCUGUGUCUGUCACGAGGCCUAAAGGGAUAUUCAUGUCCUCAGGACUGGGCUGCAAGUCUGAAGGACAAUGACCACCAGAAGGAGAAAGCCAACAGGGAGAAGGCAGAGAAGCCCACAGAGCAGCACCUGAACCCCCUGAAGGUCCUGCACCGUAUGGAUGCACUACUGCCUGAGAACAGCCUGUUGGUGUUGGACGGGGGUGACUUCGUGGGCAGCGCUGCCUACAUUGUCCAGCCACCAGGGCCCCUCUGCUGGCUGGACCCAGGUACCAGGCAGCACAGUUUAGAGCCACCUGGGCCUUCGGGACAUUGGGUGUUGGGGGUGGAUUUGCUCUUGGAGCCAAGCUCUGCAGGCCUGACUCAGAGGUCUGGAUCCUCUAUGGGGACGGCUCACUUGGCUACAGCAUCCUGGAGUUUGACACCUUUGUCCGACACAAGACACCCGUCAUCGCGUUGGUGGGGAAUGAUGCCUGCUGGAGCCAGAUUGCUCGGGAGCAGGUGCCCAUGCUGGGCAGCAAUGUGGCCUGUGGCCUGGCCUACCUUGAUUACCACACAGUGGCUGAAGGCCUGGGGGGCCGAGGUUUCCUUCUCACCCGGCAGGAUGAGGGGAACCUGGACAACAUGCUUCGGGCAGCACGGGAGCAGUGCAUUCAGGGUCAUCCCGUCCUCAUCAAUGCCCUCAUUGGCAGAACCAACUUUCGUGAUGGCUCCAUCUCAAUGUAGGGCCAGCAUGGCUGCUGGGGCUUCCCAAUGCCCUGGGAGACAGUACCUUCCAGGCCCAGCCCCGUGCCUUCCACGCCCAGUCCUGACUCUGCUUGCUUAGUGAUCUCCCUCCACCCUGCUCUGGCUCUGCAGCACAUGGCAGCCCCCCACCCUGAGCCAGGGGACCCAGACCAGGACUCUCCAGUGACAGCACCCAUCACCAGGAAAUUGAUGCCAGCACAUGAGCAGUACCCGAGUGCAGACCAGCCCAGUGGGAGCAUGGAUGCAGGGGUAUGGAAUGGCUGGACAAUGGUGAGUGAGGCCCGGGGCUACAGAGCAGGAAGCUGUUCCUGGCACUGCCCUGGCAGUGAUGAAUGUCCCAGCCCCGCACUUCAGCCAUGCCCAGAUCAGAUGGCCAACAUGAGGGCUGCUGAGGAGGAAGUGGUUGUGCUUUGGCAUAUCUCUCUGGCAGCAGUAGGAGCUCUGGGUUGCUGUGGCCACUGCACAUGGAAAAAACAAUGGUAGCCCCACAGGCACAGACAAUGGCAGCUGUCUGCCCAACUGAAGCCCAGCACUGAAUCAGUUGCUUGGAGGAAUAAAGAGAAUGAACCAGA